UUCUAAGUAUAACGUAAGAUUAAACUCAAAUUUACAGAAGCAAUGAUUUAAUUUUUAUGUUAAAAUCUUUGUAAAUCAGUUCAAUCGAGUUGUGUCAUUUUAAAUAAUAUAUUUGACUCAAAGGCUCAUCUGAAAAUAAUUUAAUUAGUACCAACACUUUUAAUAGACUAUGUCGUUUAAUUAACGAUAUUCCGCGAAAUUGUUGAUUAUACAUUCAUUUUUCGUACUUUACUGUUUUCGACGUGCAACUAUUUUAUAUAUAUAAAAAUGGUGAGAAUAUCAAUAACUCAAAUCUAUCCGAUUAUUCUUGUUCUAAUUCCGUUAGUGUCUACACAAACAACAAUUGCAACGAAUCAAGUAACAGAAAAUAUUAUAGUAUCGACAUUGCCGGAAGAAACUUUCGAGUAUAUAAUAAAAUUAGUGUUUGGUUUAGAAAAUGAAAAAGUUCCGAGUUAUUUGGUAAAUUGGAUAUACGAAAAUUCUAACGACGUUACCCCUAACGAUAUAAUAUCUCUUUAUUCGAUUAAUAACUGGAAUUUAUCAACAACUACAAGGGUAUUAGAAGAAUUAGGUUAUAAUCCUCAUCAUUUUUUCAGCGUGGAUGGCUUAGAAAACAUUCUGAUGGAAUUAAAAUUGGAUUUUAAGAAUUUCUACGAUACGAUAUUUUUUAGAAAACUUGGUGUUUCCGGUAUACAAUUGAGAAAUUUUUUAAAAAAUCUUGAUAUAAACACAAACGAUUUUUCAAACGCCAUGACGUAUGGAGAAGGAGAUCCUUUGGAAAUAUUUAAAAAAGGAAAUUUUUCGGAAGAAAAUUUUCAAAACGGUUUACAAGACAUGGAUAAAAGUAAAGAAGAACUUUUCGAGGCUUGUAAAGAGGAGAUUCUUCUAAGCGUUAGUACGAAAACUACAAAUGAAAUAAUAACGGUAUUAAAUAAGUACGGUUUUAAUAAGGAAAAAGCACUUAAACUGUGGAAUUUUACGAAUAUAAAUAUAGAAGACGUUAACAACAUCGUAGUAUUUUCUGAUCUUCUCGAUGAAUUUAAGUUCAAUUUAGACAACAUAACGUACUUGGGUAUUUUUAUCAACAAAUCCAUAGCUAUCAAUCAAAUCGUAUUAGAAAAUAUCAAAAACAAUAUGCGUUUAUGUAAAUUAUUCGCUCAAAAAUUAAGCGAUUAUAAUGCUACGGUAGAAAUAAUGAAUAUGCCAAAAUCUUACAAUCAACAAAUAGUCACAUUACCCGUAGUAAACAGGGAUAAUUUUACAACAAACCCCGCCGAAAUAAGCGCGACAAUAACAGACCUGCAUAACUGUACAUUUAUAACUGUUGAAAACGACGCUCCUAUUUAUCAAAAAGUGCAAAAUAUUGUUAUUAACGAUUUAAAUUUACAAGUUAAUUUGGAUUUAUUAAACAUUAGUAAAUUAGUAUUGGGUAGCCCUUUAAUUUGCGAUAAUAAAGUGUACGGUUUGGCUAAAAACGUCGAAGACGGAAACGUUGUUUUUGAUACAUUCGUAGUAGAACCAUCAAGUGGAUCAUCUUCUACGAUCAGUAUACUUUUAUUUUUAAUUUGUGGUGCAAUUUAUGCUGUUGCUUAAUUAUGUACUAUUUUAUUUAUAGUAAAUGUUAGUCUAGUUGUAAAUAUUAAAAUAAAUUAUUAAACGACUUACAAUU